CCUUUCAGGUUGUGCCUCCAACCCUAAUGCGCAGGCUCGAUUCUUCUCCUGUUUCGGGUUUGGCAAUCGUUCGGCCCGGUCUCUUUUUCUCUGCCUCCGCUGCAGUUCCUGUCCAUGGUCGAUCGAUGAUUCCGCUGCCGGAAGGUCAUGGGUAAUCUGUUCCAGCGUUCCACACCUACUUGAGGCCAGCUCUUGGCUCGUCCGUAGCAGAGCUAAGAGCGUCAAUACUCCGAUUUAGAAGAUCAAGGACAGCAGCUACAAAAUGCUAAAGAUUCCGAGAUGAACUCUUAUGUAUAAUCCUUUGAAAGCUCGUUCGUUAAGAUGGAGCCCGAAAGAGACCAGCAUCAACCUCAAGAUGCAUGGGAAAGUCUACCUAUCGAUUUCCUGAUCAAGAUUCUCAGAGAUCAUGAUCUGCCAAUUUCCUCUCUUCUGGAAUGUCGUUCAGUUCGUAAGAAAUGGAAGGAAGUCAUAGAUGGUCCUGAGUUACGGAACAGAAUAUGGAAAAAUUCUGUUAUUGUGUUCAAAGAUGUUACUCGUAGUGAAAAUACGGCCCACUUCUGCUAUAGAGAUCGAUGGAUCACAAGUAAUCUUGAAUUUGGGCCCGAUCAGGUGGUCGCUUCUGAUGGAGGCCUACUGUGUUUUGGUUGGGAACUUUCAACAACAUAUGUCAUGUACAACCCAGUUUCGGACGAAAUCCUGCUUUUGAACGUACCUCUUGAAAUCGAUGGAGAACAUACAGUCAUUGAUGAUCCAGUUAUAAAUUUCCUGAAUCGUAAGGUGGUGGGUUUAGUGGUGGACCAAUAUACGAAAAACUUCAAGUUGGUUUUGGGAGGAGUUCCAGUCGCAAUAGAUAGACGCAGAACUUUGAUUUACGACUCGACGACCGGUACAUGGUCGUGGGGAAUUCAUCCGUUUCCUGAAUCAAUGGAAGACUUGCGUGACUGUAGGAGAAGUGUAGUAUGUAAUGGUUGUCUGUAUUGGCUCGUACUGGUUAACUCUUGGAUUGGUCUCUUGAUAUUUGAUCUGGAAGAGGGCACGUGGAACGCCUUGGUAGAGGAAUCCGAGGAGGCCACGCCAAUUGACCUUCAAAUGGCUGCGUAUGAACGACAUGUGUGCCUUCUUGGCAAUGAUUGGCCUCCUCUGGAAGGGGAGUUUGAACGUAGGAGCGAUGUCGCCAACUUCCUCCGCAGUCCCAUGGUCCAGAGAAUGGAUGGAGCUUUGAUCAGGAGAGUUAGAAAUCUAUAUGACGUGACAUGGAACGAGGACGAAGCAAUGGACGAAGCAAUGGGCGAAGCUGCUAUCAGGAGAUAUACAAAUCUAUGGGAUAUUCUAGAUCCCAUUGAUUUCGAAUAUCCCAUAGUUUUAAACUUCUAUGCCACAGGAGGCAGGGAUGCAUAUUUCGUGUUCGAUAAAGGGUACAUACACCUUGACGUGGUUAAAUAUUGUGCUGACUUUGACUGGAUUGUUUGUCUACCCAAACCUCCCAACGGAUACAGGGUUCAAUGUUCUGUAUGUGAGUUCCCCGACGACCCUUGGUGUGCAAUAAUUCCAAGUCCCAGAGGAAGUGCAGGGCAGGGGUGGAUAACACAGCAAGAGUACGUAGCACAGUAUCCGAGACGUAUGCAGGAGGAUGAUAUCCGUUCGGCUUUUCGUCGUUUGAAUUUGGCUUAGUGAUCAGCUGAUUCAAUAGGGUAAAAAUGGGAAAUAGAUUUUCAGCUUCAGAAAUGUGGGGAUUUUUAAUCCUAUUUAGUCGUGUUAUAAAAAGAU